GAGCGCGAAAGCGAUAAACACAGAGAGAGAGAGAGAGAGAAAAGGAGAGAGAGAUGGGUAGAGAGGUCUCAGAGAGCUGCGUGGACAGUCUACUAACAGAGAUGGUCUCUAUGUACUGCAAUCGACUAUAUGCCAAUAAGCCUGAGCUCGCCGCCAGCAGGAUCGACGCUAUUGGCUACCAGGUCGGCCACCAGCUCUCCGAGCGGUACACAAUGGAGAGGCCUCGGUUUACUGAUCAUCUGGAUGCAAUUAAGUUCAUCUGCAAGGACUUCUGGUCCGAGCUCUUCAAGAAGCAGAUAGACAACUUAAAGACCAAUCAUAGGGGUACUUUUGUAUUGCAAGAUAAUCGAUUUCGUUGGGUUUCACGCAUGUCCCUUGAUCCAUCUUCUGAAAACGGAGACUUAUCUCAAGAGAAUUCUGAGGCUGCGGAUGAAAGCAAGGCAGCACAAGAACCAAACAUGCAUCUCCAUUUCUCAUGUGGAGUCAUAAAGGGGGCUCUUCAUAACUUGGGGAUUGCUUGUGCUGUUUCUGCUGACACAUCCCAGCUUCCUGCUUGUUCAUUUGUGGUUCGUAUAAAGCCCUGAUGAAUGCUUCUCCAAGGAACUGUCAAAACAAUUGGGGUUUAAUUCAUCGACUUAUCAAGAUUUGUAAUCUUCUCUUCUCUCUCCUUUUCAAGAGUUUUCACUUGAUUUCAGAAUUGCCUUGUAAUCUUCAAACUAACACGAGUAUCUGGGAAAAAUCUCUGUUGCAACUUGCAAUGCUAUAGGAGAAUGUUGAAAAGCAAAAAUUGUUUUUAUCCUUAUAUGAGACGGUGUCCUCCUUGCAUCAGGAAGUUUGCCUGAACAGAGACUACAUGAUUGUAUUUUAUAAUUAGAAUUAUUAUUUAAUUAUGUUUUAUUUA